AUGGUGAAUCCCUAUGCUCUCCCUCCUCUUCUUCGACCACCAUCUGGUAAUCUCAGUCUCUCUCCUCCUGUCUUUGCAUCGGCUCUUCUUCUUCUGCUUCUUCCUCGGAAUGUCGAUUCUUCUCUCUCCCGUCACUUUCGCGCUUCACCCUCCGCUUCUGAACUGAGCGAUUCCAUGAAUCGCUCCCAAGUUUUGGAAUAUGUGAUGAAGCGAUGCAAAAAUUGUGGUUUCGCAAGAGCCGGCGAUGCUUUGCAUUAUUUCAAGGUUAUGAUUCGGCUGAACCCUUUGCCUUCACCUCCCUGUUUCGUCCAACUCUUGGGAGCUGCAGCGAGGAUGAAGCAUUAUGCUGCCACCAUCCACAUGAUCGAGCGAAUGGAUUCCAUGGGGAUAUCUCGCAACGCUUGCGUUCUCAACAUUCUGAUAAAUUGCCUCUGCCAUUUGAAAAGGUCUGAUCUUGGAUUUUCCGUUUUGACCAAAAUGUUCAAGCUUGGGCUUGAACCGGAUGUGGUGACAUUGACCACUUUGCUCAACGGGCUCUGUGAAGAGGAUAAAACCUCGCAAGCCUUGACCUUGGUGGAAGAAAUGCAGGGCAAAGAAUUUAUGGCCAACGUAUUUACGUAUUGCGUCAUUGUGAAGGGAUUGUGUAGAGCAGGUAAUACUUCGAACGCCGUCCGGUUAAUAAGGAAUUUAGAGGAAAGGGGUUGCGAGCUAAAUGUGGUCACGUAUACCACUAUGAUCGAUGGUUAUUGCAAGGAAGGACUGGUGGCGGAGGCAUUGGGCUUC